UAUCUGAUCAAUUACUUGUUCAAUACAAUAUAUCGGUGGAACAAAGUUCAAUUAAAACAAAGUUGAGGCGAGACAUUUGCCGGUCAACCUGCGCGUCCAUCGCGGUGUUUUCCGCACACAGAGAACGGUGACUGGAAAAAAAUCUGGCACCCGGAGCAAAUAGGAUCAUCAUGGCAGACAACGUGCAUAGUGGGGAAUCCGAAAUAAAGCCUCGCAGCUAUCAGCUGCGUCUCGUGGAUCAUAUUAUGAAGAACAUAUUAUGGGAUAAUCUACUUGCCGACCGGAUCUGGCAAGACAUACGUGGCCAUCCUGGCCCUGAAGCGAUUCUCCAAAGACAUGGACAAAUCAAUCGAGGAGGGCGGAAAACGAGCUAUAUUUAUGUGCAAUACAGUCGAGCUAGCUCGCCAGCAGGCAAUGGCCGUGAGGAAGUUCUCAAAUCUCAAAGUGGGGUUCUUAUUGGGGGAGCAGGGCGUCGACGACUGGUCGAAGAUAAAAUGGAGCCACGAAAUAAGCGAUAGCCAAGUUCUGGUGGGCACAGCCCAAGUAAUGUUGAAUAUGGUCACCCAGAAGUACUUGGAGCUGAGCUCUGUGAGCAUCGUGAUUAUAGACGAGUGCCACCAUGGCACUGGCCACCAUCCCUACCAUGAGUUCAUGCAUCUGUUUUUACUCGCUGAUCGAAACACGCCACUGCCGCGCGUUUUGGGACUGACGGGUGUACUCAUUAAAGGCAACGAAUUUAAGCUGGUCGCUCUAAAGCUCAGAGAGCUGGAGACGACCUACAGAAGCAAUAUCAUCACCGUGUCCGACACGGAGGAAUUGAAAAACGUGAUGCUCUACUCCACCAAACCAAGGGAGUGUUUAAGGACUUAUCCAGACCAAGUGGGGAGCCUUGUGAUUAGGCACGCCAUACAUAGAUGCAUUGAGCACUUCAACGUACGCCUAGACGAUUUGGAGAUUGGCAAACAGCCUACGCGCUAUUCCAAGGGACUGUCGACCCCCCGCGAUCCGCAGAAGAAAGGAUAUAUAAAGACUCUGCUCAACGACUUCCAGUACCAGCUGGAGCACUACGGCGUAUAUGCGGCAGCCAUGGCCAUAGUAUCGGUGAUUCUAGAGUUUGAAAUCAAGCUGCAUCAGUCGGAAACCUUUGCCCUGACCCACAUAUAUAAGUUGGCCAUCUGUCUGUGUAACCGGAUCAAUCACAUGCUAAAGUAAAAGCUUCGCGAUUU